GUGUGCCUUUGAAGUUUCAAUGCAAUCUUAGAAGUUGAUUCCAAACUGUUUCACUUUAAGUCAACCUGAUAGAUCAGCGGAAAGAGCAUAAUAAAUCAAACACUACAAAACCAUGAAUGCUACAAAAUUCGUAAUAACCAUGAGUUUCGCGGGAGAUAUUACAUCCCCGAAAUCAGAAAACGUUGCUAAAGAAUGAGUUCGGAGAAAUAAAUUUCAGUGAAACGUCAUUUCGAAUAUAUGACACACCAUCACUUAAACUAAUCCAUCUAAAACUCCAUUCAAAUGCGUGUACAUAUCAAUUACCAAUUGCAUCAAAUUUCAUCCCAGAGAAAGAGAGAGCGAGAAAGAGGGAAACAAAUCUCCAUACAACCCCAUUUCCAAAAUUGGCUUUUAAUACCUCACUUCUCUAAUUUCUUUGUUAUUGGUGAUCCGCAUCAAUCAACGAUUCAAUUGGUUUCGCGUCUGCACUACUCCGUGUGGAAUGCAAAGGAUAUAAAACCGCGCAUCAUCAUCAUCGCAACAAAAAGAUAAACAAUCCAAAACAACAGCGACUAGCAUUUGGAAAUUGAGCACUGUUGAGAGAGCACGAGAGUUGCGAGAGAGUAAGUACAUGUGCCAGUAGAGCGCGGGAAAUUGUCCAGAUCAGCACCAAGUCGUUCUGGACUGGCAGCAUGAGAUAUGAAAUAUGAUUCUGACUGCAUUCAUUCGCUUAAAUAACGUUACUCGAUUCACAUCGUUUUCGGACAACGGCAUUCAGAGUGGAAAGUGUUGAAGACUUGUUGGUACUGAAACCCAUCUUAAGAAGCAACAUAUAUUAAUUGGAGCAGUGGAAAGGGACACUUUGGAACAUACAUUGGAUUGCCCGGAAUUAGAUUACGUGUCAAGCAAUUAGAUUACACGGAAUAAUUAAUAGAUCGUCAAUUUUGAUUGCUUUGCGCCUCUGGCAGUUGAUACGAUGGAUUUUGAAACGGAUUAUUUUUCAUCAUCAGAUGGAUUGAAAUCGAUUGUGUAGUGGAAUGACGUCGAACCGUAAUUUGUUUUAGAUUCGGAAAAACAAUAAUGCAACAACAACGUGAAGUGAAGGGAAGUGCCCUCUGCUUGCUGGACGACGGACCCCGUGAAACCAAAUGAAAUUUAAUUCAAUUUAUCCAAUCCAAUUCGCGCGCGAAUAAUUGUGGUUCGAAAUCAAUUUUUGUGCUACCCCGGGGAAUUUGAAUUCAGAAAAAUCUGUGCGGCUAUGGCAGAGUCCGACGGAUAAAACAACGGUCGGUGAAAUUGGCUUUGGCCUCGCGGAAUGUUCAUGCAAUUAUAAUGCGUGUCCCUGAACCAAGGUUUGUUUGAAAUGGAAAUUCAAAUUUCAAUGGAUUGUAAUACCGACUGUAGAAGAAUAUGAUUUUUCACCAGCAAUUGAGUAACUAGACAGCAUAGUUUCAAAAAAUGAUGUUCACCAAUUGGUUAGCCCCGCCAACGACAAGCCUACCGCCGGACACAAUCAUUGAAGUUGGGCCACCGCCAUUCACACGGUAUGCCGCACACAGCGCACUGGUUUCCGUCCACAGUGGCUAUCUGCGGGCAGCCCUACGUUCCGACAACUCGACAGGAAACGCAACCACGGAUACCAUUCAAAUAUAUGUCCCCAAUGUGACCGCAGAGCAGUUCACCCCACUUCUCACCUACAUGUACACCGGGUUUUUAGAUUUGAAUAUUGAAAACAUAUUCGGCGUACUACUAGCUACUCACAUUCUUCACAUGCCAAGAGCACUGGAAUUGUGUCGUUCAUUUCUAUCCGCCACCCAAUCGGAAAACUAUUUUGGAGGACUCAACGUUCUACCUUCUUCAGUCAGUACCUCUGGCGGCCUAAAACUCAAGCCAGAAUUGCUCGAAACUGGCAAAGUAGUGCGACCAAUCGCAAGCAAAGCCACCGGAAUUGGACUCAAUUUCAUUGCACCACCAACAUCACAUAUUCUACUCCCUAGCACUCAUACCCCAUUUAAAAGUCUUUCGACCGUUGUUGUUGGCACACCGACUGUAAUAGUUGAGAAUGCGGAAAAUUCAUCGCCACCUCCGGGGAAUGCAAAAAUAGCAGAGCUAACAGAAAAUUCUACUACGGCCGCCGAACGAACCCAUCAUGCAAAUGUGGACGAGAAAUCCCCAAAGGAACCAAACCAAAAACGACAAUCAAAAUCUCUCAAACGUAGUAACUCCAAUAAAUCGGAAUCCGUUGUUACAACAUCAAGUAGCACCGCCAAGGACUCCAAGGUUCAAAUCGACAAAGGUGUGAUCAUCGAUAUUGCAAGCUGUGACGGUCCGGUCCGCUUCCGGAGAGUCCUGAAUGAUAGCUACGGAUUGAACAGCAACAGCACCAAUGUUCUUCUGCCAGAUGAAUCGAAAGCUCAUUCACGCUACAUGAGUUCAUCGUUUCACCAACAGAUGGUGCGGAACAUCAACGAGCGAAAGCAGAACCUCACCACGCUGAAUGAGAGUUACUCGUGCGUUAGCAGCAAUAAGGACGAAAACAGUCAGGACAACAACCAAUCGCAAAGCUCACAGCAAAGUACAUCGGCGGCAACCAGUGGCGAAAUGUACAAUUGCAUCUACUGCAAGCACACCUUCAAGUCACAGUACUGCUACCAAAAGCAUGCCAAGCGCCAUCUGAUUCCUCUGAGUAUGGAUUCGAGCAGUGCUGGCAGUCUGACAGUGGAGUCUUCACAUGAAGGCGAUAAAGACACGGUGGGACCGAGAUACGAAAAACUCGGAUCCAAGCGCGAGGUCAAGCCUCUGGACAUGAAUGUGCAGUACUAUCCAUGUAAAACGUGCGGUAGCAAGUUUCCUAGCUAUUACUUUGUGCACAAACAUAGAAAAAUGUGCCACGCCGAGGAGGAGAUUAUAUAGACGUGAGAAGCAUCGAGUGGAAAUUAAUCAACGCAAUCAAACAGG